UAUGCAUCACCGAGAUGAUAAUGAUCCAUAUAGUACAGCCAUCGUAGAAGAUUUGCUGUAGGUAGAAUGCAUUAAAAUUAACAAUAGUCUUAAUCGGAAUGGAAAAAUAUCAAUGAUAUUAUCAGAUUGACAUUUAAGGCUUUAACGGAUGUUGUAAAAUCAUAAGGAGAAAGUAUACGAGAAAUAGAAAAGCAACUUUCUACAAGAGCUUCUAAAAAUGAACUUCAUUCAGGGUUAGCACUUAAAGCCAAUAUCAAUGACAUCUCAAGAACUAUAGCAGAGAUAGCUGCCAAUCUUGAUACUAAAAUUACUUAUGAAGAUUCUUAAGUUUUAUUAAAGGAUUAUGUUUUAAAGGCAGAUAUGUAGUAUUUGUUGAGCAAGUAUAGUAUUUAUUCAAUGAUUUUUUUAGUAAAAUUGAUGUUGAUGAAAUGAAAUAAUUGUUAGAGAAAUAAUAAUCAGGAGAAUUCAAAGGAGAAAUGUAAAAUAUGAAACACAAAAUUGAAGAAUUAUAAACAUAAAUAUCUAAGAAAUUCUAAUAAGUACCUAGUAUGAAAGAUUUUUCAUAAUUAUCUUAAUAAGUAGAACUUAAAGCAAAUUUAUAAGAAAUGAAUGAAUUACUUGAAACAAAAGCUAGUAAACAUUAAGUACAAUAGGCAGUAAAUAAAAAGAUUAGUAAAUAAGAAUUAGAUUAAAUUUUAUAAAAUUACUCUUCUUUAGAAGAUUUAUAACCAAUCAUCUAAAAUCUUGAUUAAAAAGCUUCUUUAGAUUAGAUUGAUAAAAUUGCUUCAAUUUUAGAAGUUAAAGUUGAUAGAUAAGAUUUUUCAAUUCUAAUUAAUUCAUUAUAAAAUAAGGCUGAAAUACAUCAAUUAGAAGUUAUUAAAGAAUAAUAAUAAGAAUUAAAAAAUGUUGUGGAUUCUAGAUUGUAAGAUAAUAAUUCUAUGAUGGUUGAAAUGAAAUAAUAAGUUGAUGGAGUAACAAAAUAAUUAAAUAAAAAAGUUGAUAAUAAAGAAUUAGAUAAAUAUAUGCAUUCUAUAAAUUCACUUUAAGGAGAAAUGGAUGGUUAUUCUUAAAGAUUUAAUAAAUUUUCUUAAGAAAUUAUUUCAGAUCUAGAUAGAUUGAGAAAUGAAAUUUUAGAAUCUAAAUAAUUCACAAGUGAAUAAAUGUAAACAACUAUAAUGAAAUCUACUCAUUUAUCUGAGAAAUUGACAGAAGAAUUAUAUAAUUUAUCUGAAAAUAUUAAAUAAAUGGAUGAUGACAAAAGAGAAGAAUUAGAUGAUCUUAAAAAAGUAAUUAAUACUAUGAAAAUAUAAAAAAAAGAUAUAUAAUAAAAAGUAGAUUAAAUGUAAGAGUAUCUAGAUGAAUUUAAAUCAGAUUAAGUAUUUAAACAAUUAUAAAGAUAAGUUUAAUAAAUGAAUAAAGUAUUUAAUUAUUAUAAUUAAAGGAAAUAAGUGAAGUUAAAGCUAAAUAGUUAUCAUAUGAAGAUGAAUAACAUAUUUAAGUUUAAAUUGAAUAAUAAUUAUAAAGAAGAGUUAAUGAAAUCAAAAAAACUGGUUCCAAUUAAGAUGGAUUUAAAAAUAUUAAAUAAGAAGUCUCUUAAAUAGUCUCUAAAAAAAUAUCUUCAUUUGAAUAACAAUUGAAUUAAUUAGAAAUUAAUUUAAAAUAAAGAGUACUUUUCUAAGAUUUUGAAGAAUUAAAAAACAUUAUUUAAAAAUUAUGUAUUGAUCAAGAUGAAAGAGCCUAUUAAAAGGAUUUAACCAAACAUAUUUAAUUGACAAAAUAUACUUUAGAUUUAAUACAAAAAGAUAUGAUGCUCAAAGCUGGAAUAUAAGAUAUGAUUACUAUUCUAGACACUAAAGCAAGUAUUAUAAUAAUUAUAAUAUAUAGAUAUACCUGAAAUCAAUUAAGCAUUUGAAGCUAUUCAUAAUGAUUUAUAAACUAAAGUAUCAGCAGAUGAUCUAUCUAAUUAUCUCAAAAGUUAAAAUUAAAUCUAUGAAUCACUUUGUUAAGAAAAUAUUGUGGCUAGAUUUUAAUGGAGAUCAGGUGAAACAUAAAAUCAUUUAAUUCCUUGGGAAUAUGAGGUUAUAAAUACUUUGCCUGAAAAUUUUGUAUGGGAAAAAGGAAAAAGCUCUAUUUUGAUUGUUGCCCCUGGUGUCUAUCAUAUUGCCUAUGCCUUUUUCUCUAAAGAAAAAUAAACUGUCUCUGUUCUUAUCAAUGGAGAGAAUAUUGCCACUUUAGAUUAAAAGAAGAAAUCUUCAGAAUAUACUGGUAUUUUUUAUGUAUAUUAUUAGGUUUGAAUGCCUAAGACUUUAUUGUAUUACCAAAUAGAGCUAGACUCUAAGUUAGUUAUAGUGGAGGAAAAGGAGAAGGUUUCCUAAGUUUAAAGAGACUAUGAAAGCCA